CUGGGCUGUAAUCCUGGACCCAUGACUCUACAGGGAACCAACACCUACUUAGUGGGGACAGGAAAAAGCUGACCUCCACUCCUGAUUGAGGAGAGCGAGACUGACACUCGCCCCCUUCGUGUGCAGUACCGACUGCAUCUUUUCACCCGCACGAGGCGAGUUCAUAUGUGGAUCGGCUUUGUGUGCGGAGAGCCACACCCUGAUCGACGCAUUAUCCUUCGACUCUGGGCAGGCGCCAUCAGUCAGCCAGCAGAGGUCGUAAUUCGCUCUGUUUUAAGGUCAAAUGAGGUUCAAUGUUAAAAUCUUAAAAUUGUAGCCAUCUAAACUCAUGUUUUGUAACAUCACAAAGCUUCUGUUAGAAUUUUUGGUUCCUUGAUGGAGGAAACAGGAGCACCCGGAAUAAACCCACAAGGACACAGGGAGAACAUGCAAACUACACUCAGAAAGGACCCUGGCCACCCAGCCGGGGGAUUAAACCCAGGCCCUUCUUGCUGUGAGAUGACAGCGCUACCCACUGCUCCACCAUUCGCAUUUGGUAUUUUCUAGCAGCCCCUUAUUCUUAAUCAUUUUAAAAUUCUAUUGUAUACAGAUAAGCCCUUUAGUGACUCAACAGACAAGUGGUUCAUUUUCUUUGUCCACUGGUUUUACAUAGGGGAAACUAAAACAUGCACUGAAAGGGUUAAGUUCUGGUCUGUGGAACCUUUAUUUUAGCCAUAUUAAGACUUUCCAAAAUCAUUUGCUGUGUGUUUUGGGACCACGAGAAAAAACGUUCACAUGCUAAUACAGUAUUUGUGUUUGUUUUUUGUUGUGUGGUGGUGUGUAAGGCGUGUUUUGAUAGACGCAGGGGAACCUUCUAUACCCGAGUACAUCAGUAAUCUGAAGGAAGCUCUGCACCAGAGUGACUCCUCCAUCCAGGAGAUCCUUGUCACACACUGGCACCAUGACCACACAGGGGGAGUAUCCGACAUCCUGUCACAGAUAAACACAGAUUUGCAGGUGAGUAAACUGCCUCGCUCUCCCUCCAAACCAGAGGAGUUUGGUGCUGUAAAGAGGAAAUACACUUAUCUAAAGGAUGGAGAUGUUAUUAAGACCGAGGGAGCUACAUUACGGGUGUUGUUUACCCCAGGUCAUACUGAUGACCACAUGGCUCUCUAUCUAGAAGAGGAGAACGCAGUGUUUUCUGGAGACUGCAUACUAGGGGAGGGGACGGCUGUGUUUGAGGACCUACACGAUUACAUGCUUUCACUGCAAACUCUGCUCGACGUCAACGCAGACCACAUCUACCCAGGUCAUGGUCCUGUGGUACUGAGUGCAUGCAGUAAGAUUCGCGAGUACAUCACCCACCGCUCUGCCCGGGAGCAGCAGAUUCUGGCCGUGCUCAGAGAUAAUUCAGACGCUUUAACGUCCUCUGCUCUGGUUAAACUGGUUUACAAGGAUACACCAGAGCACUUACACCGAGCUGCAGAAAUUAACCUCUUGCAUCAUUUGAAAAAACUACAGAAAGAUAGGAAAGUCACCCUGGAUGGAGAUUCAGAAGGGAAGUGGAAGAGCAACCUGUAACUGACUGUUCAGUGGAUAUUGAUAGCAAAUGGUUGUAAAAAAUAGACAUGUUGAUAAUAUUACAAAAUUAACAUAGUGCUUGUGUAGAUGCUGCAUAUUGCAGAAGCACUUUGACUGGGUUCAGUGUCACCCAGUCCAGUCAUUUAAGCACUUGCAAUCAUUUGAUGUGACAGCGACGUGUUUAUAUAAGGUUUAUUGUCUUGAUUUUACUUUAAAAUAAUGUAAUAAAUCACAAAUAAUAAUUCUUCAUCACGUUUAUGUAAGCACGAUGUAUAUACAGGGGUUGGACAAAAUAACUGAAACACCUGUCAUUUUAGUGUGGGAGGUUUCAUGGCUAAAUUGGACCAGUCUGGUGGCCAAUCUUCAUUAAUUGCACAUUGCACCAGUAAGAGCAGAGUGUGAAGGUUCAAUUAGCAGGGUAAGAGCACAGUUUUGCUCAAAAUAUUGCAAUGCACACAACAUUAUGGGUGACAUACCAGAGUUCAAAAGAGGACAAAUUGUUGGUGCACGUCUUGCUGGCGCAUCUGUGACCAAGACAGCAAGUCUUUGUGAUGUAUCAAGAGCCACGGUAUCCAGGGUAAUGUCAGCAUACCACCAAGAAGGACAAACCACAUGCAACAGGAUUAACUGUGGACGCAAGAGGAAGCUGUCUGAAAGGGAUGUUCGGGUGCUAACCCGGAUUGUAUCCAAAAAACAUAAAACCACGGCUGCCCAAAUCACGGCAGAAUUAAAUGUGCACCUCAACUCUCCUGUUUCCACCAGAACUGUCCGUCGGGAGCUCCACAGGGUCAAUAUACACGGCCGGGCUGCUAUAGCCAAACCGUUGGUCACUCGUGCCAAUGCCAAACGUCGGUUUCAAUGGUGCAAGGAGCGCAAAUCUUGGGCUGUGGACAAUGUGAAACAUGUAUUGUUCUCUGAUGAGUCCACCUUUACUGUUUUCCCCACAUCCGGGAGAGUUACGGUGUGGAGAAGCCCCAAAGAAGCGUACCACCCAGACUGUUGCAUGCCCAGAGUGAAGCAUGGGGGUGGAUCAGUGAUGGUUUGGGCUGCCAUAUCAUGGCAUUCCCUUGGCCCAAUACUUGUGCUAGAUGGGCGCGUCACUGCCAAGGACUACCGAACCAUUCUGGAGGACCAUGUGCAUCCAAUGGCGGUGCCGUGUAUCAGGAUGACAAUGCACCAAUACACACAGCAAGACUGGUGAAAGAUUGGUUUGAUGAACAUGAAAGUGAAGUUGAACAUCUCCCAUGGCCUGCACAGUCACCAGAUCUAAAUAUUAUUGAGCCACUUUGGGGUGUUUUGGAGAAGCGAGUCAGGAAACGUUUUCCUCCACCAGCAUCACGUAGUGACCUGGCCACUAUCCUGCAAGAAGAAUGGCUUAAAAUCCCUCUGACCACUGUGCAGGACUUGUAUAUGUCAUUUCCAAGACGGAUUGACGCUGUAUUGGCCGCAAAAGGAGGCCCUACACCAUACUAAUAAAUUAUUGUGGUCUAAAACCAGGUGUUUCAGUUAUUUUGUCCAACCCCUGUAUGUACUGAUAUAAAUUGUGUAAUUUGUUAAGAAUAAAAUGAUGCAACAACAGUUA